UCCGACAGGCGCUGGCCUUGGGUGCAACCUCAAAGGAGGAGAGCGUACGAAUAUUAUCCAAGAGAUUGAAGGGUCAAGAAUGAGAACAAUGUUUGACACUUUACAGACCUCUCUUCUGAUCGUCCUGAAGCAGAGGGCCACAGAUGCAUCUACGCAAAAAGAGAGUGAAAAUGGAAUCUGGGGAGGGUAUCUUACUGAACCCUAACCCUUCGACACCUCCCUAGAGGUUGGAUCGGCGGGGCUGUCUGACCUGAGGAGCUUCAUCCCAAAGAAAGCGCACAUUAAGAUGGCUUCACCACCUCCAAAUCUCGUGGCCUCACCGGGCAACAACUCGCCGCCCGCAUCUCCUGUUCUCGAAGGACGAGAGUCCCCGGACCUUCCCCUCACCAUGACCGCAUCCACAGUUUUGAUGACGCUCCCGCGUGACGCCAGUGCCGCUCUCGCGGCCGCCGGAGCCUUUCCCCAGGAAAAAGUUGUAGUGCGCUUCAAGCCUGUCGGGUCAGCGCCGCCGAUCCGACGAGAGCUUGUCAAGGUUGCGAGUGCACAUAAGUUUGAGUCGGUUGUGGCCUAUCUCAGGAAGACGCUCAAAGUCAGUGAGACGGAGAGCGUGUUUCUGUACGUCAACAGCACCUUUGCGCCGGCGCUUGAUGAGGUGGUGGGUAACUUGUGGCGGUGCUUUAAGGACUCCAACGACCAUCUCAACGUCGCGUAUUCAAUGACGCCCGCGUUUGGGUAGUCUCGGAUGAUAUUUUGUUUAUGACAAAAGUUCUGUCUAACAUGCCAGGAUUACAUCGGAGUGAGUCCGAGGAACAAGCCACUACUAGACUCGGGCGUAACAGAUGCUAUGCGCCAAAAAAAAAAAAAAAAAA